AGGGAGAGCUGUGCUCAGUACACACAUCUGAGCCUGCAGCACACACAGCCUGUCCUUCCUCUGAUUGCAGCCUUUGCUGGGAUUCUCCUUCAUGGCCAGAUUACUGAAAAGCUUCAGCAUCCUUCUGAUGAGACAGAGGGGGAUGUCACCUGUCACCGGGAGCAGAGCCUGGAGCAGAGCCAGGAUGGUGCACUCGGAUGCUGGAUCUCUUACAAGGUACGAUGAGGCUGUUGUUUCUACUGACUGGCAAGAGAAGCUGACCCCGGAGCAGUACUAUGUGACCAGAGAGAAGGGGACCGAGCUGCCUUUCAGUGGCAUCUAUCUGAACAACACAGAAGACGGCACGUAUCACUGCGUGUGCUGCAACGCUCCACUCUUCAGUUCGGAUAAGAAGUACAAUUCGGGAACUGGCUGGCCCUCCUUUUGGGAAGCGUAUGGAAAUGUUGGGGAUGAUGAAAGCAACACGAAUGUACUAAGACGGCCGGAUAACUCUUUGGGGAGUAUGGGGACUGAAGUUCUCUGCAAAGAGUGUGACGCCCACCUCGGUCACGUGUUUGAUGAUGGCCCCGCACCCACGGGUCAUAGAUUCUGUAUUAACAGUGUUGCACUCACUUUCAAGCCCAGCUAGAUGAAGGGCAGCCCGGCGGUGAAUGAAGAGAAUUAUUUUUAGAAAUGUUUUUUGUGUAUUUGUAACAUUUAAAUUGUGUUUUUAC